AUGGCAGACGACAUGGACGAGUUUGUCAACUGGGACCAUACCGGCCUGGCUUCUGCUACUGAUACCGUCCCCGACUAUGAUAUUGCGCUGCCUUCGGAGACUGCUCUGGCUCAGGAUGGCAUGGAGCUCUGGACAUCUUACGACGUUGACCCCAGACUCGUGGGCAUGAUGAUGCCGCCGCCAUCCCCCACCACCAACUCCGUCAACAUCAGCAGCAACAUGAACGAUGACAACAACAACAACAACAACAUCAUACCCAUGGACUUUUCCCUCGAAAACAUCGACCUGACCUUUGAGAACAUUGACGAGGACGAGUUCAGCUACGGCGCCCUCCAGCACUUUGCCACCGAGAACCCGGACACUGUCGCCCCCCAGCCCACGACCAGUCUCUUCCCAUCUCUCGACAGCUGGACCUUCAGCCAAGGAGCAGGAGAUGCCACCACCGGCGGCUUCCCUGCCAUGCCGUCCCAGGAGGACCCUGCCAUCGUCUCUGGCGGCGUGGUGCCUCCCAGCAACCCGGGCAGCGACCGGCCGUCUCUAUUCCUUGACAUGGCCAGCAGCGGCACUCCCGUCGCGGCAUCUGCCACCGCUGCCGCCGCUUCUGCUGCCGCCGCUGCCGCCCUCACCGGCGACGGCUUCCCCGGCAGGCAGGACCGCCCCCCUCCCAAGAUCGGCGCCCGCUUCUCCAGGGAGUCCGUGCGGAUCCUCAAGGACUGGCUCUCGACCCACAACCGGCACCCGUACCCGAGCGACGAGGAGAAGGAGGUGCUCCAGCGCAAAACAGGCCUCAACAAGACUCAGAUCACAAACUGGCUCGCCAACGCCCGGCGUCGGGGCAAGGUGCAGCCCCCGCGCACCACGUCCCCCCACCCGGCCAACUGGUCCGUCCGCGGGCCCGUCGAGAUCCCGCAGAGGCGCGCGACCCCUUCGCUCGAGAGCAUGAACCCCCUGCAGCGAUGGCAGCACUCUCCGCCCGAGAACGAGCCGGCUUCCGUCACGGCCAUCGCGCGGGCCGUCACCACGGCCUCGUCCUCGGCCGUCUCGUCGUCGGGCAUGGAGAGCAACUUUGCACCCGACGACGGGUCCGGCCGGUCGCUGUGCAAUCAGUCGUCCGCGAGCAGUCUCGGCACGUCGCGGUCCAGCAACGGGUCGUCGGCGUACUCGUACAGCUCGCUCAACUCGUGGGGGUCCUUCGGAUCGGCCACCUUCAACAGCAGGUCGCGGCGACGGCGUCGUCGGAAGCCCGCCGGCGGUCUGCCCCAGGGGGGGGGGAGCAGCAGCGGCGGACGCGGACGGGGCGGCGGCGGCGACGGUGCCGCCACCACCCCCGCCGCCAAGACGUUCCAGUGCACCUUCUGCACCGAGACGUUCCGGACCAAGCACGACUGGCAGAGGCACGAGAAGUCGCUGCACCUCUCGCUGGAGCGGUGGGUGUGCGCGCCGUGGGGGUCGCGGGCGGCCCACCCGGAGACGGGCCAGCCGAGCUGCGUCUUCUGCGGUGCCGCCGACCCGGACGAAGACCACAUCGAGGGCCACAACCACUCGACCUGCCAGGAGCGGUCGCCCGGCGAGCGCACCUUCUACCGCAAGGACCACCUGAACCAGCACCUGAAGCUGGUGCACAACGUCAAGUUUAUGGACUGGUCGAUGAGGACGUGGAAGAUGGCGACGCCCGAGAUCAGGGCCCGCUGCGGCUUCUGCGGCAUCCAGACCGACAGCUGGGCCAUGCGCGUCGACCACCUGGCCGACCACUUCAAGACCGGCAGCUCCAUGGCCGACUGGAAAGGCGACUGGGGCUUCGACCCCCCCGUGCUCGGCAUGAUUGAGAAUUCCAUCCCGCCCUAUCUUAUCCAUCACGAGAGGGCAUCGCCGCUCCCCUACGUUGCCAACGGCCCCUCACCCGAAACGCCGCGGAACGCGUACGAGCUCAUCAAGCUGGAGAUGGCCUACUUCGACGCCAACAAGCGCGAGAGCACCGGACGGCCGCCGACGGACCGGGAGAUGAUGAUGGAAGGGUGCCGAGUCAUCUUCGCGUCCGAGACCCUGUCGUUCCAGGGCAUCGCCACGCAGGCCUCCUGGCUGCGAGACGUCAUCAUGAAAUCCGACGGGCUGCAGAACAAGGCGCGGUUCGGGCCCCUCCGUAGCGCGGCCGAGAACAGGCUGGCCAGCCUGAAGAUCAACGGCAAGGACAACCUGUUCGAGCAGUGCCCCAUGGAGUUCCAGCUGCAAGACUUCGUGCGCGCCAAGCGGCUUCUGGGCCUGACGCCCAUGGACGACGAGCUGCAGGACGAGGCCUGCCGCAUCGUCGGCCGCGUCGAGGACGUCUCGGCCAACCCCUCCGACACCGUGGCCAACUGGCUCCUCCGACUCAUCACCGAGUCGACGAGCUGGCUGGCCCCCUUCCGUCGCCGCGCCCAGCUGCCCCGCACCGAGGACCUGGAGGACGCCAUCAUCCGCUCCACCGACCCGACCAAGAUCGACUCCACCGUCCACAACUAUUCCCGCCUGGAGAGCGAGCUGGCCGCCUUCCUGCGCUCCCAGCGCGCCGAGGGGGCGGAGCCGUCGGACGACGACCUGCAGCGACAGGCCCGCAUCAUCAUCUACGAGUUCGACGACGGCUGGAACCAGACCGCCGCGGACAACAUCUCGUGGCUGGAGGCCUUCAAGGCCCGUCACGCCCAGCCUCCUACCGGCGCCGACACCGACACCGACACCGACGCCGCUCCUCUCCAGAGUCGGGGUCAAGGCCUAACGCCCGCCACCGCCGCCGUCGACAGCACUGAGCCCGGCCCCUCGGGGCACGCGCCGUGCAGCUUCAUGCCGGACACCCUCCUCUGCGAAGAAUACUCUGGGUGGAAUUUGUCAGGACAUAUCGGUGGCAGUCAGUAG